AGCUGGUAUGUGUUCAAAGACUGCAGUAGCACCAUUAGAUCGGAUAAAAAUUUUGCUGCAAGCGCAUUCAAAUCACUAUAAACAUUUGGGUGUGUUCAGUGGCCUUCGACAUAUCGUUCGCAGAGAAUCAUUAUGGGCACUUUACAAAGGCAAUAGCGCUCAAAUGGUUCGAAUAUUUCCAUUUUUGAAUUUUACAAAAGAGUAAGCAAAAAAUAACUGAAAUAAAAUCAUAUUCAACACAUCACAUCCCGUUGUUCCUACUUUAUUGUAAUGCAUUUUAUUGUUUACAGUAUGUUGGAACAUUGAUACCAACCAAUAGACUCACCAAAAACUCGGACAAAUUCAUCGCAGGAUUUGGCGCUGGCGUUACAGAAUUGAAAUUGCGUUAUUGAAAUUAAUUCACUAAUUGACCGUCAUGUUUUUUUUUUUUGAUUGUUUAUAUUUUGGUCAGGUGACAUUGAUCUAUCCGUUGGACACAAUCAGAGCAAGACUUGCGUUCCAAAUUACCGGUGAACAUAAAUAUGCAGGCAUCGUACACACAGCUCUUUCAGUUAUAAAAAUUGAAGGUGGUAUUCGUGGACUGUAUCGUGGUUUUGUUCCAACUCUAACCGGUAUGGUUCCAUAUGCUGGUUUCAGUUUUUAUUGCUUUGAAAGUGUGAAAUUCCUUUGCAUGAAAUACUCACCACAAUGGACUUGCAACAAAUGCGAUAAAAAUACAGGCGGCCGAGUUUUAAAUAUUCCUGUCAAACUUUUAGCCGGAGGUUUAGCUGGUGCAAUAGCUCAAUCCUUUUCGUAUCCCUUGGAUGUGACGAGAAGAAGAAUGCAAUUGGCUAUGAUGGAUCCAGCAACGGCUCGAUUGGGAGUUGGAAUGGUCACGACACUCAAUUUACAAUGAAAAUGGUAUUGUACGAGAUACUCAAACAAGCAAUAAAUCUUGACACCGGCA